GGAGACGCCCUCCCCGAGAGGAGGCGGCGGCGGUUGGGGUUUUCCUGCCCCCGGCUCUGCUCUCUGCCGCUGAGAGGGCGGAGGAAAGCACCUGCUUGCGGCUCCCCUGCCGGGUGGCCGCGGUCGGGGGCAGCGCGCCCUCUCGGCCGGCCCUAGAGAAGCGAGUCUCCCUGUUGCGCUGUCGAAAUGGGGAUGAAAACCCAUAGGGCUUCAUGUGUGCAGUACCGUUUGAUAGUUCGAGAUGUGAACACCCUUCAAAUCCUUCAGCUCUACACUUGCCUGGAUCAGAUCCAAUAUGUGGAAUGGUCAUCUGAUUCUCUCUUUAUAUUAUGCGCCAUGUACAAACGAGGGAUUGUUCAGGUCUGGUCUUUAGAACAGCCAGACUGGCACUGCAAGAUUGACGAAGGGUCAGCAGGAUUGGUGGCUUCGUGCUGGAGUCCGGAUGGUCGUCACAUUCUCAAUACCACAGAGUUUCAUCUGCGGAUAACUGUCUGGUCCUUGUGUACAAAAUCUGUAUCUUAUAUCAAGUAUCCCAAAGCCUGUCAGCAGGGGAUAGCCUUUACGAAAGAUGGUCACUACAUGGCCUUAGCAGAGAGACGUGACUGCAAAGACUUCAUUAGCCUAUUUGUGUGCAGUGAUUGGCAACUCUUGCGGCAUUUUGACACUGAAACUCAAGACUUGGCUGGCAUUGAAUGGGCUCCAAAUGGAUGUGUUCUGGCCGUGUGGGAUACCUGUCUGGAGUAUAAAAUUUUGCUGUACUCCCUUGAUGGCCGACUGCUAUCCACAUAUCGUGCAUAUGAAUGGUCACUGGGUAUUAAAUCAAUUGCCUGGAGCCCCAGCAGUCAGUUUUUGGCGAUUGGCAGCUAUGAUGAAAAGGUACGCAUAUUGAACCAUGUGACGUGGAAGAAGAUCACAGAGUUUGAGCAUCCUCCAAUCAUUGCUAACCCAAAGAUUAUUGUUUAUAAGGAAGUGGAGAAAUCUGCAACUGUAGAAACACAGAAACUCUCUUUCCCACCGACCAGAGAACUGGCCAGCUCUCUCUUCAGUAUACCAAGUAAAUAUGACAUUUCCCAGGUGCCCAUGUCUUUACAGUACAUCAAACCGGUUGCUGAUAGGGCAAAUCCAAGAAUUGGAAUUGGAACACUGGCAUUUAGUCCUGAUAACUGUUUCCUGGCAACUAAAAAUGAUAAUACUCCUAAUGCCAUCUGGAUCUGGGACAUUCAGAAGCUUAAGUUGUUCGUAGUCUUGGAGCAGUUGUGUACCGUUAACUCAUUUCAGUGGGACCCACGCCAACCUCGACUUGCCAUAUGCACUGGAAAUAGUAAAGUGUACCUGUGGUCCCCAGCAGGAUGCGUGUCAGUGCAGGUACCAAUGGAAGGUGAUUUCCAGGUCCUCUCUCUUUGCUGGCACUCUGGUGGGGACACAAUGGCACUCUUGAGUAAGGAUAACUUCUGUUUGUGCUACUUGGAAAGAGAGGAGGUAAAAUAACUAAAGUAAAGGCUAGAAAAGCCAUCUUGCAAUUUAAACCUUUAUGGAAAAUGUGUUGCUGGACUGAGAGAGGAGUGAAGAUGGGGCAGAACCUCAGUCUUCAAACUGAAGAUAUUUGAACUCAUUAAAAUCUUAUUUGGGGGAGGGAAAGAAAACUCCCUUGUAAAAUACUGUGAUAGUUACUUGAAUGACUUGUUCAAAAUUAAAUUGCAAAGUACUAGUGCAACUAAAACCGGUGGGAACAUGGCAUCAGGAUAUUUUAAUGAAGUAAUGGAGUAAAAUAUAAUGAAAACUUCUAAGCUUCUUUUUGACUAGAAAAAUACGUUGUGAAACUGUAGUUGUUUGUAUAUUGUGUAUAGAAAUUAUUUAAUUGUAUAUAUCUCAAUAAACAUUUUGAUAACUAAAAUCAAUCCAGCCUACUCUAAGUAUAGAUUUUUCCAUUCUAGUGUUUUGAGUUGGAAGUGGAAAUACAUUUCACUGUUGUGCUCACAUCUUGACUAGUAACACUGCACUGCAAAAUGAUAUUGGUUAAUGAAUAACAAUAUCUCAAACAACCUUUCUGGCUCUUUUGCACAGAGUAAUAUACACGUUUUAUGUAAGCAGUCGAGACAUGAGAGAAAAGUGGUUUCUCUUGAAAUUAAAUAAGUGAUAAGAAAAGGACUGUUAGAUGCUGAAUAUGCUUAUGGAAUCGGUUACUCUAAGCCUGAGUGGAAUGUUGUUCAGUAUAACUUUACUUUGUGAAUGUUCAGUAAUCAAACCAGGUGUGAUAACUAGCUUGCUUCUGUAGACUAAAACAUCAGAUUGGGCACAGU